GUGUUUUGUGAUUCUGUUCUAGGAAGUAGUUAUGAGCUGUUGUGGGGUUUAUUGAAUCGGUUUCAUUUGUUUACCUUUCAGUGAUUAAUUGUCUUGCAAGUAGAUGGUAAAACGGGAUAUUACGUAUAAUAUUAUUUAUUUUUUCAUCCUGAUAAGCGAACUUUUGCAGGAAGUGGCAUUAAAAAGUGUCUGAAAGCAUAAAAAUGGUUUUGCUGCGAAUGACUUGAAUUGAAGGUCAUUCGUUUGAUUAAAGGAGCAUUUAGGAAGGCAUAGUGCAAAAUAUUGCUUUCAGGUGUCUUGAACAAAAGAUGGGAAAAGAAUUGGAAGAGCAUGAUGAGGUGGCAAAGCUUUGUAUCCAGUUAGAUGAUCUUGUCCUGAAAGUAAUGGAAGACCUGGAGGCGCUGCAUCAGAAGAAAGAGGUCUUUAACUCCCUUAUUGAAGAGGGCUGGUUUUCACUCUCAAAAUCCCGAUAUGCCAUGGGCAAUAAGUCUGUCUCCACUAUCCAAUACGGACACACAAUGAUCCCACUGGUUCGCAUUCAUACAAGCAUUUUGAAAGACGGAGAAAUGAUUUUUCAAGCUGAAAGAAGAGAUCCCGGGACUUUAGCAAACAGAGAAAAUUGGAUGGAAGGAUCAGAUGCGGUAGAAGACGUCAGUCCAGCUGAUCAAGCUGUAAGACGCAGGAAUGUAGCUUUGAACAAAAGAACUAAAGAAGAGCCAGUCUUGUCUGAGGAUGUACAGAUGGAGAAACCCAGUAAGGAAAAGGUAAAAUGCAGCAAGCAGACAGAGGAACAGCGAAGCCCUAUUCAGGAUCCUCUGAAGUGGUUUGGAAUCUUGGUUCCUCAGAGUCUACGACAAGCUCAAACAAGUUUUCAAAAAGUGAUCGAGCUGGCAGCUGACAUUGCAACAUUACAGAGUCAUCUUCAGGUGGCACAGAAGGAAUAUCAGACACUGCUACGACAAAAACUUCAUCUCACAAAGGAGAAUGUGUAGAAACUUUCAGUUUGCAAGACUUGCUUACCUUCCCUUGCUCACAUACACAUUUGUCCUUCUAGAUAAAAAGCCUCAUUUUUCUAGUUAUACAAUUCAUAAACCAUUCAUCAAUAUAAAUUGUUAGCUGAAGUCUGUAAGGUGUCCUCUUACCCAUAAUGUUCUGUUGUACACUGUAUAAAAAUGGCAUUUAUUUUCUCUUGACAUUCCUUUGGUUUUCACGUGUCUGCUGUGAGUGCAUAAUAUUUUGAGGUUAUUUGUACACAAUGUUAAAAAAUACCACUCCUAAUGUUUUAUUUUUGUGAUAGGCAUUGAAUGUCAGUACCUGGAUUGUUGAAAAAGUAACCAUUACCUUGUUACAUCACAUCGUUUGUAUGAUAUGUUAUAACAGCGCCUCAUGCUAAGCGAGCAAGGCAGAAAAGCAAAGCAAUAAAGGCUGACAAAGUGCAACCAGUGAAGUGCGAAUACUUCAAACACACUAACAUUGACACAGUUUUUGGAUAAUUCCCUUUACUCCGUGGUAUAGCAGGCUGAAGUCCAAAGUUCAUAAUCCUUUUGUGCAAAUAAAAAGAAAUAAAGAAAAACAUGUAAAUACUG